AUGUCGGCGACCCAUUCCAGUCCACAGAAGAAGAGCUAUCCCAGCUCCGAAACGACAGCGACAGGUCCAGAAGAAGUCUUUCAACGUGAUCUGAAGAAGCGCGUUGAAGAGGAGCUUGCUGGCCAUGCAUGGGAGUUCGAUGCAGAUGAUGUCGCCCGCAUGCUGUCUCCUAAGAUUCUCAAACAGGAACACAAGGAUAAAGAUUUGCUGGAGCUUGAUUUCUUCGACGUCCUCGUCGAUCACUCCCACGUCGUCUCUGUCAUGCAGAAGGUGUUCGAAACUGUGCCAUAUCCCGACCCAUUUCGUAAAAGGGAAACAGAAAACUACGGUAAUAUCAGCUGCUUUCUCACCAAGUGUGUUGAGCGUUGCCGUGACGCAUACGAGUCGAUUUUUGCGAUGUAUGGGGCUACUGGGGAUCGCCAGGCAUUCAAGUUGCAGCCGUUUGGUAAAGCGUUUUGGCCUGGUCUCCUGUUCGUAAAGUACGAUAGGCAGACCGGGGACAAGGUGAAGAACGCUGCACCUUUGAAGCCAGACAUCGUCGGAUUGGCCGUUGAAGACACACCACCCAGUGACUUCGUUGCCUGCUGGAGCAAACCGCCCGAACAAAGCAAACGGAACCCUCGGAGGAUCGCCGUGGCGGUGGAAGUGAAAGCUGACUGGAAGGACAUGCUGUUCCAGAGCUGUACUUAUGGACGUGCCCAAUUUAACGACACACCGUUGCGUACAUUCACCGUGACCAUCGCGAUCAAUCACGCUGCCGAAACUCUCCGCGUCCUCAUCUUCCACCGCGGCGGCCUCACCACGAGCAAGGAGUUGAGGUUGACAACGAAGGAUGGAAACCCCCACGAUAUCCGGAAGUUCAUGAAGAUCUUGUUGAGCAUUUUGCUCUGGCAAACGCCUGGCGACGCCGGGUUUCCAGAGUUCACGGAUGCGAACAGGUUCAUUUUCCCCUCUGGGGAGGACGACACCGUUGAAGCAAUUCAAGAGCAAGUGCUCCACAAUCGUCAAUCGUCCCGUGGUCGCAAUACCUUCGUGGCAUUAAUGCAGCAUUUCCCAUCGGACAACAAUGCAAUCCCUCAAACUCCUUUGGCGUCAGGAACGGGCAAGCCGUCCACGGGACAAGCACCGAUGCAUGCCUUCACCGACGCUCGCUCGAAGAAACUCAAAUUGGGGAAAACCUCCUCGAACGACGGCAAGGAUAAAGACAACGAUGAGUACGAUAUAAUAUUUCCAUCACCAUACAAUUUCAAUGGUCGGUUCGAUAUUCAAUUCCGUGACCACCAGGCAACCAGGAAGGAAAGGAUGUACGAAAAGGUGUCAAAUCCUUCUUCCGUCGUGAAGUGCUCUUGGCCCCCUCACGCAAAGAAAGACUUGGAGUGUAACAUGUACCGAGCUUCAAAGGGCGAAUUCGGAACGAUGACUCUCCUCUCGUCUCACGAGCCGUUCAAUUCCAGAGGUUAUAAAUCGACAAAUUCGUACCUGCUUCCAGGUCCCAAUUCGAAUGCCAGCGACUUUCAUCUAAAAGAUAUCAGCCCACUUUGUCCAGAGAGCCCUGACUAUCGUAGUUUAGCGGUGACGCUUCUUCGGGAUCAAGGCUGCAGCCUCGAGUACUGUGAUACCGCUUGGGAUUUGUGCAUUUGUCUUCUACAUGCCAUGCUCGGGUGGCUUUCAACCUAUCAAUGCGGGUACCUGCAACGAGACGUCAGCAUCGGGAAUGUUCUCAAGCUAAUGCGACCUGCCCAAAUGGUACCGUUCAGCAUCGACAAGUUGAAAGAGUUUCACUACGCCAUCAUGCACAGCAAUGAGAAUGUGGACGAAUUUAGCAAGGUAGUGCGUGGCAAAGUCGAGGCAUUGGAAGAACGUUUAAGCAAACCAAGAGCAGCUCGAGAGGUAAAGGAUGAGGUUGGGAAAGCAAUGUCCACUGCCGAGGCUCUACAGAUGGAAAUUACAGAACUAGGGCUGCCUGCCGAGUGCCGGGCCAUUAUUUCAGAUGGUGAUCUCGCAUCGUACAUCCCCGCCUACUUGGCCAGAAGAGACACUGCAGAAUCGAUCUCAGGAACCUAUGAGUUUAUGUCUCCUGGUAUUCGUGGUGCCAUGGACGCGGAAGAUCGAUACCUCCAUACCCCAUUGGACGACAUGUAUUCGUUCUUCUAUGUUGCAGUGUGGGCGACUUUGUGGAAUAUCAAGAAAGGCCAUACCAAACGUGAAGAUGUUUGGCGUGAUGGCCUACGAAGUAAGGAACGUGAUGCCAAGGUGGCUGACCUCCUCGCUCAGCGCACUGAGAAACCUUCUCAAACUUAUGCUCCAAUCAUCCUUGGAAUGAUCCCUGUUCUUGAUGAUUGGUGGAUGAAACUUUCACAAUUGCGCAGAUCCUCUGGACCCUCCAGGGAUGAAGAUCAAGGGAUUCUUCGCCUGGUAUAUUUUGACCAGUUGGCAUACCGCGGUAUUGCAGACUUUGUCCAAAUUGUAAAGAAGCAUCUCCAGCAGAUCCAGAGUACAGGAUAG